UCCCCUGAGCCACGCCCCGAGUCCCGGGCUCGGCUGUCGGGUCGGCUGCUGCUGCUGCUGCUGCUGCUGCUGCUGCUGCUGCCGCGUCGGGCCGAGGCUAAGCGAAGCAAAGCGAAGCGAAGCGCGGGCGGAGCGACGGGCCAGGAUGAGCGAGCUCAGGCAGCGGCUGGCCAGGGAGGCGGAGGGGCAGCGCGAUGCCGAGGGCAAGGAGUCAGAGCUGGAUAACAAGCUGGAUGGAGAAACUGCAUCGGAUAGCGAGAAUAAGUCGGAGGCCGCCUUGGCCCCUUCGGUCGAUGACACCCCUAAGGUCCUCAACAAAGCACUGUCCCACCUGUCCUCAAGAUGGAAGAACUGGUGGGUGAGAGGCAUCCUGACUCUGGCCAUGAUUGUCUUCUUCUUCAUCAUCAUCUACUUGGGACCCAUGGUGUUGAUGAUGAUUGUGAUGUGUGUCCAAAUCAAAUGCUUCCAUGAGAUCAUCACCAUUGGUUACAACGUGUACCAUUCCUAUGAGCUGCCCUGGUUCAGGACUCUGAGUUGGUACUUCCUGCUCUGUGUGAACUACUUCUUCUAUGGCGAGACAGUGACAGAUUAUUUUUUCACUCUGGUCCAGAGGGAGGAGCCCUUACGCAUUCUUAGCAAAUAUCACCGCUUCAUUUCCUUUACCCUCUAUUUGACAGGUUUUUGCAUGUUCGUGUUGAGCCUGGUCAAAAAGCAUUAUCGUCUUCAGUUCUACAUGUUUGGCUGGACCCAUGUGACUUUGCUAAUAAUCGUUACCCAGUCGCACCUCAUCAUUCACAACCUAUUUGAAGGAAUGAUCUGGUUUAUUGUCCCAAUUUCCUGUGUCAUCUGCAAUGACAUCAUGGCGUACAUGUUUGGAUUCUUCUUUGGACGCACCCCGCUGAUUAAGUUGUCCCCAAAGAAAACCUGGGAAGGGUUCAUUGGAGGAUGCUUUGCCACUGUCGUGUUUGGCCUUUUACUAUCAUACUUGAUGUCCGGAUACAGAUGUUUUAUCUGUCCAGUUGAAUUCAACAACGACACUAACAGCUUCACUGUGGACUGUCAGCCUUCGGAGCUUUUCCAGCUGCACGAGUAUAACAUCCCACUGGUGCUUCAGUCUGUGAUUGGCUGGAAGACUGUCCGGAUGUAUCCCUUCCAGAUCCACAGCAUUGCCCUCUCCACUUUUGCAUCCCUGAUUGGACCUUUUGGGGGCUUCUUUGCCAGUGGCUUCAAAAGAGCGUUCAAAAUCAAGGACUUUGCCAACACCAUCCCCGGGCAUGGGGGCAUCAUGGAUCGAUUUGACUGCCAGUACUUGAUGGCCACCUUUGUCAAUGUGUAUAUCGCCAGCUUUAUCAGGGGCCCCAAUCCCAGCAAGCUGAUCCAGCAGCUCUUGACGCUGCGGCCCGAUCAACAGCUGAACAUCUUCAAUACGCUAAAGGCUCACCUGGUCGACAAGGGGGUGCUUAGCAGUUCCGAGGAUGCGUAGACAGCUUGGCCACCGGGCGGUGACUGAAUAAGGGCGAGCACCCCCCACCCCGCCACCCCCCCACCAUAGAAUCCCUGCCCACCCAUCCACCUUGCCUGGUCUAGCACAAUAACCAAGCCGAGCCUCUCUCGCUUUCUCCUUCCUUCCACGUCAAAGGGGAUGUGUCGAUGGCUUGGGGGGGGGGGACAAUUUGUCUGUUUCCAAGCAGACAGGAGAGGGGGCUUUGCUCGGAAGAAAUUGGGGCGCAGAGGAACCGACUUGGUUGAGUGUUUUAGAACGCAGCCUUCCCUUCAGAGCUGUGCUUGGGGGUUUUCUCCUCCUGGGGGUGGGUGGGGGUCUCAUUUGUUUUUUCUCCAGGGUGAGGUGGACAGAGAGAUGGGAGAGAAAAGAAGCAGGCAACCUGCAGGGUUGUGCACUCUGAUGUUCCUUCCUGAAUUGUGCUAUGUGGUAAACAUGGUUGUAUCAUUUGACCACGGUUGUAUCGUAUGAUAAUUUCAACUCCCAGAAUCCUUCAGCUAUCACAGCCAGAGAUUGGUGGAGAAUUCUGGGAACUCUAGCCCUAGUCUCUAUGGAGGUUGCAAUCUGGAGAAAAUUGCAUUACGUCCAGGACCUAAAAGAGAACUGGUGCAGGGACAUGGCUGAGGUGGUUAAUUCUCCGGUCCUCUUUGCUCUCUGCCAUCUUGAGUUUUUAAGACAGUUGACAGAACCAAGAACCAUCCCUUUGAGCUGCGUGGCUUGAGGUGGUGGAGGCCUGGGCAGCGUUCUGGGCCUGGACACCUCUCCAGGGAGCCAGAGUGGCUGGGAAGAGGAUCGGCUGGGAUCUUAGCCUCAUUCCCCUCCUGAUCUCCCCCUAUGCAUCUCUACCUGUAGAAGGUGAGGAGACAACCCCACCCGUUGCUGGCUUCCUUCCCAGCACGUGUGCAUGAACGAGAAGGCCAGAGCCCUGUGUGCUUCAGGGUGUGUGAAUAGCUACAUAGGUCACUGCAUGCAAGGAAAGGGAGGCAAAAACACUCUUCGUGAGGCCAAACCAUUUGCUGUCCAGAAAAUCAGCACAGCAUGAGUUUGCUUCUGAAAGGAAGCUAAUGGAAGCUGGUGUCUGCAGGAACAGCAAAGUAGGCGUAUCUUCUAUCCUGUUGCUCCUGCAGAGGCUCUAAUCCAGGGGUCUCCAACCUGUGGCCCCCUGCCCACUAGUGAGGCAUGAGGGGAUUGCAGCCGGGCCAUGGAAACGGCUGAUGAGCACCCGCAUCCCCCUUGCCUGAACAGCAGGUGAGUGUGUGCACCCACUUCACUGGCAUGAGCGGCAGGUGUGUUUGACGGCCGCUUGUACGGAACCAUCCCCAUCCUCCCCCUCCCCUUCCCCCCCCAGUCUGCAAAGCCGGAAACGCUGGGGAAAUCUGCUUUCAAGUAGACAGAGGCUUGUUAUGGUGUCUAUAUAAAAGGAAAGGUGUGGCAGGAAGGAAGUGAGCUGGCACAUGUAGGGGCAGAAUUUGGGUGUAUAUUGAUCAAGGUGAAAACAACUAUGCUGGCCAGAAGGCAGCUACAGUGGGGAUCCCCCUGAGCAGAACUAGGACUCCUGCCAUGGUUGGCAUCCAUCUACUCAGCUCCAGAAAAACUUGUUUGAUUUGGGUUUUUUUUUAAUAAAUGGAGAGGUGCUCUCCCCUCCUCCACUCACAGCGUGGCCUGAUACCAAAAUGCAACAGAAAAAUAAGUACAGGAAGCGAAGAGAGUGUCACAGUUUACCCUUUCAAAAAGGCUCUGACUAAAGUCUUCUGAAAGCAGGGCUUAGAGCAAACAGAUGUAAGUUCAUACAUGCAGAUGAACCCUUUGAACUGAAUCUUGUCCUUGAUAAGGAAGAUAGGUUACAUGAUCUGAUGCUUGCUUGAAGACCUCCAGGCCUCCAAAUGCCUCAUGAAGAAGAAGCAGGAUUCUGUGGAGCACUGGAGAAAUUUCUACAAAUUUGACGAUUUUAAAACUUGUCAACUUCAACAGCACAUGCUAGCUGGGGAAUUCUGGGAGUUGAAGUCCACAAGUCUUAAAGUUGCCUACUUUGGAGACCCCUGCUGUAACUGGAAAAGCCAGCAUCCUCUAGCCAGGUUCCCCUUUCUCUUCUUCCCCCCCCCUCCCCAUAUCUCCUUCUGCUAAACAACUCCAGAUAUUGGCAGAGUUAGUAUAGGGCACCACUGGCUUCCUGUAGACAGCACCUAAACUGGCAAUAUUAGUCCUGCCAGCUUAGCUACAUGAGCACCGUGUAUCUUCCUAGCCUUUAGCUCCAUUCAGAAAUUGUUUCCUACUGCAACUGGUUCUUUCUCUGUUUUUCCCUUUCCAUUCCCUCUUCCCAUGCCCUGUGCUUAUUUCUCUGUGCAGUGUCCUUUUGAGGAUGUUGAUGGCUGUGUUGUUCCUUUUGCAAAUGCCAUAAAGCAGGAGAGUCUGCAGGGUGGGUUCAAAAAAGUCAGGAUGGGGGCGACACAGGUGCAGUCAAAACCUGCAUUUUUUAUGUGUGUUGCAAACAGGUGGAGCUUCAAUUGCGUUGUUGUGACCACCAACGUGACUUUUUUGACCAUACCCAGCAGGCACUCUUGCCAAGGGCUAAUCUUUGAGUUAUAUGGGUUUUAAUUUCUUAUGUUGCUGUUUUGUUCCGACUGUCAAAAUGUGAAAUAUUGUACAAAGGCAUUUUACCCUAUUUAUAUACUGUAAUGUUAUUAAAUAAAACAUAUAUAAAGUAA